CGGUCCAGUGCCUUCCAAUCCUGCGACUUUGAAACACUGUCUUGGCGAUGGCAACAGAAAUUUCUGCAAACGAGUUGCACGUUUUCGCGUCCUUCACACCCGACACUGUGUACAACACCCAACUCUAAACCGAUCCGCUGCUGCUGCUGGCGGACAACACUAACUUGCACGUUCACGUGGCGGAACUAACACUUCACAAUCUGCAGAUUGCAUUCGACCUUACGACAUGACGUCCGUCAGCAGUGAAACCUCUGAUGCAAGCUUCGAAGACAGUAGUCCACGCAGCCUCCUCGCACACGCUUUCAACAACGGGACCUCUGAAGACGUGCCAAUCAAGUGGGUUUACGUGGGUGAGCAAGACACCACCCCAACUAUCGAAGAGAUGCGUCAGAUAUACUUCAGAGAAGACGUUAGGGACCAAGACACCGAAGGCCUCAUCGAACAUCCGGAUGGGUUGCCGGCGAAGGCUGAAGUCGAGGACGCUGCUUAUGUUCGUGGGACCCGCGAGACGAUGAAGUGCUGUGUCAAGAAGACGUUCCCUUGGGUGGUUGUUUUCGUUCUCGGCAUGCUAAGCUUGUUUCUCAUGCAAACCGUGAACAUUGCCCUCACGCCAGUCUCUAACAGGACCGACAUCGCCUACCUCAAGUCCUUCAUCAAGCUCGAGCAGACUCGUUUCAAUGGUGCUAUCCGCGCCACUGCCGAUGGCAACGCCAUGCAUAUUCCAGAGCCUGCUCUCGACUCCCAAUGCCGUCCAUUCGUCGGACCACCAUCUCCCGCCAUCGACGCAGCGUGGUUUGACCUCAUCUUCGGUCGUUACGUCAUCUUUAACAAUGAGGAGGUUGAAUGGCUGAACGGCGAUGACGGUGUCCCAGCCUUGACUCCAAUCAACUACACGACCUCUCACAUUCCCCAGCAAGGCUACUACGGCGGUCCGGACAUGCUCCACAGUCUUCACUGCCUUAACGGAUUACGCAAGCACCUCGACAUAGAGUACUACAAGGACGAGAUGAGCGUGCCGGAAGAGUACCGUCGUAUGCACAUCGAGCACUGUAUUGAGCAGCUCAGGCAGGCUGUAUUAUGUCAUGCAGAUUUGACGCCCGUCACGCUCAAGCCUGUUCGCAACUCGAAGGGAGAAGUGGUCGCGUUGCUGGGUGAGACAGAGAGAAUGCACACUUGCCGCAAUGGAGUCAUGCUCGCGAAGAAGUGGCAGGAGCGGGGUGCAGAGACGGCGAGAGUGGAGUACGAGUGAUCUGAGUACGAUAAAGCCCAUGAAACGAGCUCGCUCUAUCGUGAGCGAAUGUGAGGAUAAACGAUGUCUGCAACAGACCUCUACGGAAAGAUUGCAUAUCACGUUGACGGCGUCCUGCCUCGUGAUGGAUAUGCAUGUCAAAUGAAACCAAGGUGCGAUCUUGGCCCUCGCGGCGCAUGGGAAGCCUUUCACGGUUGCAGCCUAAUCAAUGCAAUCCGCAACGUCGCAGCUUCUGUUUCUUUCCAUCUGUUCCACUUUCCAGGACCUGUUGGGAGCAACUGAAUAGUGGACAAUGUAAAAUCAUGAUUGCCCAUGCACAAUGACGCAAACAAACGCACAGAUCGCGUGUGACA